AUGGUAUCAGAGCCAAAUUUUUUCCCUAACCACCGCCCUCGCAAGGGAAGCAGACACGACACUCUCUGCAUGAACGCUCCCUGAGUCGGUUGAAACCUUCCUGUCUGGGGAGCCCUGUUCGCAGCCUUUGAUUGCACCAUGGUUUAUGCACGUCAGAAAGAGGAUCCAUGGAACUCUAUCAUCGCUGGAGCUGCUACCAGUGGCUUUCUAUCUAUGCGUCAGGGUCCCGCCUCCGCAGGAAGAGCAACGAUUUUCGGUGUGAUCCUUCUUGCGCUCUUUGAGGGUGCAAGUAUCAUGCUCAACAGAGUUCUCAGCAUGCCACAGAACCUCCCUCCUAUGGAUGAUCCCAAUCUCGCGACAAUGAUGGCAGUUGGUGGAGGAGCCGAAGUCCCGCCCGGUUUCCUGCCACUGGGGGUUGGGCCAUCAACUAUGCCACCUGCUGUGAUGACAAAUGAUGUCGGUGCUGCUUCUUCACCAUCCUCUUCUUGGUUUGGUGGUUUAUUUGGUGAAAGAGAAGAAGAGGGUCAAGAGGACGGAAGUGGGUGGCUUUGUUUGGAAGCCUCUAGCACCUCCCUGUGGAUGGCACACUUGGCGUCCCUUACCAUCAGUUUGCAACCGGGAUGUCAUUCAUGAGGCAGUUAAUUUUGCUUGCUGAGUUUGAUUACAUGAACCAUAUAGAACUGCUGGCCAAUAUUAAGCAGGAAACAAUGGUUGGGGAAGAAAUUAGAGGCCAUCCCUUCCAUCCUCCACCAUACAUCCAUUAUGGCAAGCCACUACUACAUCAAUGGCUCUACGUCAAUGCGAGUCAACAGGAAACCACGGUGGAAAUGACAUCUUUAACGUAAAAACAUACUUCAUGCAUCUUUCAUAGCAAAGCCACCUACUUCCCUCAUUUUUACUCUCUUCUUCUCUUCCUCUCUUCCACGGUCUCUCCUGCUUCUACCACUAUUGGUGCCAUGGCAGACUUUGUUUUUGGCCCACUGGGUUGUUGGCCCAAUCAUGGAUAAGUUCAUCAGCGCUUGCGCUGAUUACCUGCAAGAUCAGUACUUCAGAUGGCGGACAGGCAUGAUAAUUUCUCUUUAUGCUAUACGUUUCUUCUGCCUUCGUAUGAUGGCAGAUUGUUUGUCUCUUUAUGCUUACUCUUAGCUCUGAUAUUUUGAAAG